CUCCUGCACACAGAGGCGACACACACACUCACGCUCCUCUCUCACACACUUUGCACCAUGAGCGGUACACAGGGCUAUCCUUACCCCCAGGUGUUUCUAGUGGACAGUGGUAGAGGUCCACAGCCGUCUCCACAGCCGUCGGUCCAACCUCCAGGCAUGCUGCCCUGCUGGUCCUUCCCUCCUGCCCACGAGAGAGUGAUGGAGCGGGGCAGGGUCAGAGGCUGCAGGGGGGUUGGCUCCUGGAGCCUGGCUAUGGCUCUGCUGUUUCUGCUGCUGCUGGUGUUUGGAGCAUUGGGACUGGGUGCCUACCAGAUAUUCAAACUACAGACUCAACUCGAUGGGAUACAACAGGAAAUGAACAUAGAGAUCGAUGGUCGUGGGCCUGAGAAGCUAGUGGGUGACCUUCCAGAGAUCAAUCCAAACAGAGGGAAGACAGCCGGCAGACCUGCAGCACAUGUUAUAGGUCGGAUUGAGACGCAUGUUUCACAGAAUACCUUGCGUUGGGAGCCAAAGAUGGGGCGGGCCUUCACAGAGGGGGGCGUGGUCUAUCGGGAUGGCGGUCUGCAAGUCAACGAGACUGGGCUCUACCACAUCUACUCCCGGGUGCAGUUUGAAGCCAAUCACUGCACCCCUACAGAUGCCUUGGUUCACUCUGUGUUUGUAAAAAGGCCAGGGAAUCGCAAGUCUCUCACCCUAAUGGAGGGGCACAGGGAGGGCUACUGCAACCUGGGCUCUCAUGGGCAUGUCUGGACCUCGGGGAGUUACCUGGGAUCCACACUGAAGCUUGAAAAGCAGGACUGGCUGUAUGUGAAUGUCUCCCAUCCAGCCAUGCUCAGCCACGCUCGUCAUGCCAACUUCUUUGGACUCCACAAGAUCUAGAGAACAGGAGGAGAUCUGUUUCAUGUCUAUUUUCUAGCCAAUGACCAUUAUAUUUUGGCAGAACAGUAAUGGCAGUGUAAUGAGCAUUCAUUUAUUUAUUUGUGAUGUUAGAGGUGCAGUGGGUUUCAACUGAUAUUUCAAUCCGAGAACCUUAACACUAAUAUGCUGGUGAGGAAAGUGGUAUUUAGUAUUUAUUCUGAUAAAAAAAUCUGACACUGAUGAUCCCAGCAGCAGGUCUGAAUGUAUGUUCAUUAGAACACAGAGAAAUAAUAUGCAUGUUUGGGAUUUAAUAUAAUGUCAACGGGUAUACAAUGUUCUAUUGUAAUAAAUAAGUAUUUU